AUGAGUAACGAUAUAUCACCUAAGAGCAGCAGGCCACAUGUGCAAGAAGAUGUGGACGUAUCUGCGCUUACUCCCCAGGAGUUGAAGCUGUUUAAAAUGUACGGCAAGUUGCCUGGCAAGAAGGAUUUAUUUAAGCACAAAUUACAGGAGAGAAAAUAUUUUGAUAGCGGAGACUAUGCUUUAAGCAAAGCGGGUGUGAAUUCAGCAGAUUUAGCUUCCGAUGUUGUGGGUAGCUCCCAUUUGCCGGUAACAAACCCAUCCGGGUUGAGGGAAUCGAUAAUACGGAGACGCAUGUCCAGCAGUGCUGGGGGCCUGGAUUCUCAGAAUUUGAACAGACAGAGUAGUAUAUCAUCUGGUCCUCCAAGAUCACCAAAUAAGUAA